AUGGCAUCUUCUUUCAACCAAACACGAACGCAGAUUGUUGGCGUGGAAAACCAGUUGGCUGGUCUUCUGGCGAGCUACAGCUCGUUUGCGUCUGCGCCGGGGCCCGAGACGAGUGCUGAGGAGGAACAGCUCGAGCGCAAAAUCAACGACACAUUCACUAAUCUCUCGUCGUUGGUCAAGGAGCUGAACCGGGUGGUGGACUCGCAAUCGCUCAACAACACCAUUUCGGCGUCGAAAAUGCAGCAACUGGCGCGUCACAGGGAGAACCUGAGCCAAUACACAAUCGAUUUCAACCGAAUCAAGUCUACAAUCAAACAGGAACGUGAUAAGAUAAACUUACUCUCGUUCGUUCGCACAGACAUAGAGGACCACCAAAGACGCGUGGAUAGUUCCGGUGGUUCGGGCAGUGAGGACGGAUACAUGCUAAACGAGCGGCUGCGGCUGAACCAGCAGCACAGCGCCAUGGAUACCCUACUGAGCCAGGUGUUCGAGACUAGAGACGAGAUCCUCAGACAGCGCAAUGUUUUGAGCAGUGUCGGCAACCGGCUUCAGCGGUCACUGAGCACGAUGCCGGGGCUGAAAGUGCUGCUUUCCAAGAUCAACACGCGUAGAAAGCGCGAUUCGCUAAUCAUCGCCGGUCUGAUAGUCAUAUGCAUUAUUUUGCUGUGGAUUUUAGCAUAG